CGUUGGAUUUCACCGCGUGACUUUAGUUAAGUCCUUCUCUUCACUGGAUCGCAGCGCUGGUAGUGGCAACGGCAGGAGACCCUCAAGAAAUUUACGGUGAUUUGCAAAAAUGGAUGACUGGGAAGAAAAGGAUGCAGGCGCUACUAGCACUACCUCAAGUUUUGCCAGUGGAGGAAACUCGUGGAACAGUGGAGGGCAGAAAAACAGCUUCUCCAAAAACGACAAUGAGGGAAGUUCUUGGAACAGUGGAGGAGGAUUUGGGGAAAGAGGUGGAAGCAGAGGCCGUGGCGGAGGAGGAGGCGGAUUCAGCCGUUCAUUUUCCUCAGGAGGUGAUGAAAACGGAAAUAAGGAAGAUGGUGAUGGCAGCUCCUGGAAUGGUGGGGGCAGAGGGGGGUUUCGAGGCAGAGGUGGAGGAGGCUCAAGAGGAGGAUUUAGAGAUUCAAAUAACUCUGAUAACGCUGAAAAUGGAAAUGACGGUGAAUUCAGAAGUGACUUUGGAAGAGGAAGAGGACGUGGCAGAGGGGGCGGUGGUGGCUUCCGGCAAGAGGGAGGAGGUGAAGACGGAUUCCAGGGGAGUGGAGGUUUCAUGGGAAGAGAUGAGGAAUUCGUUCCCAAAGGAAAAAGGGACAAUGAAAGUGGAGGUGAUGGAGAAAAUGCCGGUCCGAAGGUGAUCUAUGUUCCUCCCCCACCCCCGGAAGGGGACGAUGCUGUCUUUGCUAAGUUCCAGACAGGCAUUAAUUUUGAUAAGUAUGAUGACAUCUUAGUGGAUGUGAGUGGAAGCAACCCGCCGCCAGCCAUCAUGACCUUUGUAGAAGCAAGCCUGUGCGAGUCGCUGAGCAAAAACAUCAGCAAGUCAGGUUAUGUGAAACCCACGCCAGUGCAGAAGUAUGGCAUCCCCAUCAUCAUGGCAGGCAGGGACCUCAUGGCCUGCGCCCAGACUGGAUCAGGAAAAACCGCUGCCUUCCUGUUGCCCAUCCUGCAGACGCUGAUGAGAGACGGGGUGGCAGCUAGCCAGUUCAGCGAGCAGCAGGAGCCUGAGGCCAUCAUCGUGGCCCCUACCCGAGAGCUCAUCAAUCAGAUCUACCUGGAGGCGCGCAAGUUUGCCUACGGGACGUGUGUGCGCCCGGUGGUGGUGUAUGGAGGGAUCAGCACUGGAUACACCAUCAGGGAGGUCCUGAAGGGCUGCAACGUGCUCUGUGGAACUCCAGGAAGACUGCUGGACAUCAUCGGAAGAGGGAAGGUUGGAUUGAGUAAAUUGCGUUACCUGGUGCUGGACGAGGCGGACCGCAUGCUGGACAUGGGCUUUGAGCCGGACAUGCGCAGGCUGGUGGGCUCUCCCGGGAUGCCCCCGAAAGAGGAGAGGCAGACUCUGAUGUUCAGCGCCACUUAUCCGGAGGAGAUCCAGAGGCUGGCUGCAGACUUCCUGAAGGUGGAUUACUUGUUUCUGGCUGUGGGUGUGGUUGGAGGAGCCUGUAGUGAUGUCGAGCAGCUGAUCAUGGAGGUGAACCAGUUCUCCAAGAGGGACCAGCUGUUGGAGAUACUGAAGACUACAGGAAAUGAGCGUACAAUGGUGUUUGUGGAAACCAAACGCAAGGCAGAUUUCAUCGCCACGUUUCUCUGUCAGGAGAAGUUGCCCACAACUAGCAUCCAUGGUGUGAACCGUGAGCAGCGGGAGAGGGAGCAGGCUCUCUGUGACUUCCGCACUGGGAAGUGUCCUGUCCUGGUGGCCACGUCCGUCGCUGCCAGGGGCUUGGACAUUGAGCAUGUGCAACACGUGGUGAACUUUGACCUCCCCAACAACAUCGAUGAGUAUGUGCAUCGCAUCGGGAGAACCGGUCGCUGUGGCAACACGGGUCGUGCCUUGACGUUUUUCGACCCAGAGGCAGACACCCCGCUAGCUCGGUCUCUGGUCAAAGUCCUUUCAGGGGCCCAACAGGAAGUGCCGGAUUGGCUCGAGAAAGUAGCCUUUGGAGCACAUGGGACCACUGGAUUUAACCCGCGAGGCAAUGUGUUUGCCUCAACAGACACGAGGAAGGGUGGUUCCUUCCAAACAGACAAGCAAGCGCCGUCAGCGGUGUCAAGCGCCGCAGCAGACGAUGAGGAAUGGGAGUGAAAGGAGACGACGUUUUUUUUUUUGUUUCAUUUUGUUUGGUUGUUUUUUUUAAUCAGCAGUUCUCCUUUUUUCGUUUUAUGUUCAGUUUUUAUUUGAUUAUUUUUUUAUAAGAAUUUUAUUUAAUGUUUACAAAAGUGUUAAAGUAGCUCGAUUUAACUGGUGCAAAAUGUUGCUAUGCGGUUCAAUUGAAUGCAGGGUGUAUUAAUCAUGAGGUAUUUUGUAUGAUUGAAUUAUUUGGCACUUUUUGUCCGCACUGUGAAGAAUGACGCUAACGUUUUUCUGUGUCACUUAAUUAGUGUAGUGCGCAUGGGUAGAGCCCAUGGCAAGCUUGUAACACAAAUGUAGCACCAAGAAAACACAGCUUUUGACCUGAUGAAUACUCCUUGCAUUUAGGAACAAGCAUGCCUACAUUUUGUAACCAGACAUGGUUUUGUUCUUUAUCUCCUAAUGCCGCUGAGUUGACAGUUGCGUUUUCCCUUUGAUAGCCCGACUUGGGCCUCAGAAAUGUGCAAAACCAGAGUGGGUACUGAAUAAAAAGUGUCAGCUUUG